AGAGAUAAAGUCAGUCCACAUUUGCGUCACCGCCAUCAGAAAUGCGCCCAAGCAUUCGUGAGUGAAUAGCACUAAUUACAUAAAGUUACUUUACUUGCUCAAUUGCUUCCAAGUAUCUGAUAAGUGGCAUCAGCUAAUAUGGCGCUAAAAUUUGAUGAUUUCCACCUUGUUCCAUGACCCCUGAUAACGGGGCUCCACAGUGAUUGCUUUUUCCUGAGACGGUUCUUAGUCGCGUUCUGUCGAAGCUUCUCGUUUUUAAACCUUUUUUCCUCCCCUUCUUUUGACUCUCUAGAUUCUUACAAUCAACCUCACCAAAUCAAUCAACAUGUCUUCAGCUUUUGUUCAGCGCCCUGCUCCCGACUUCUCGGCUACUACCCUCUUCCCCGGAGGCGAGUUCAGAGACAUUAAGCUCUCUGACUUCAAGGGACAAUGGGUCGUUCUUCUCUUCUACCCCAUGGACUUCACCUUUGUCUGCCCUACCGAGAUCAUCCAGUACAACAACGCCCUCGACCGUUUCCGCGAGAUCAACACCACCGUCCUCGGCGUUUCCACCGACUCCCACUUCACCCAUCUCGCGUGGGUUGAGAAGCCCCGCAAGCAGGGCGGUCUGGGCCCCGAUCUCGAGCUCCCCCUCGUCGCCGACAAGUCCACCAAGAUCUCGCGCAGCUACGGCGUCCUCAUCGAGGACGAGGGCAUCGCCCUCCGCGGCCUCUUCAUCAUCGACCCCAAGGGUGUUCUCCGCCAGAUCACCGUCAACGACCUCCCCGUCGGCCGCGACGUCGAGGAGACCAUCCGUCUCGUCAAGGCCUUCCAGUUCACCGACGAGUACGGCGAGGUGUGCCCCGCCGGGUGGCAGGAGGGCGGAAAGACCAUGAAGGCUGAUCCCAAGGGAAGCCUGGAGUACUUUUCGGAGCAGGGAGAGAAUGGAGCUAAGGCAUAGAUGUUAGAUUCCAAUGAGACUCGAAUUCCAAUCAACACCCGCCAGUAAAGAAGAGAAGAGAAAGACCACCGCGCAGCGCUGCUACCGGUUUAGCACAUGAACGAUCCAAGACCAACAUUCACGAAACGAUCUUUAUGUUUACGGAGGGCGAUGCACUUGAAUCGAUUGAGUGCGACUGGUCGUCUUUGACGAGAUACGAUUAAAAAGUAGACUUAGACUUAGACUAUAGACAUUCCUUGAACAAUGUAUAUUGAUUGACG